AAGCUUCGUCAACCUCUGAUUAUUAUUACACAUCGAUCCUUCUAGAUCCGCCGCUUUAUUUGCCGCGGUCGAUAUCUAAGCAAGACGCCCACGACACUUCGAACCAGAACCAGAAGCCGGACCAGAUACCCGUCCGGCUCGUCCUUCGUUGCCAUUGCCGGUCAGCGUCAGCUUCUGUCUUUACCCCGUACUUCGUAUAUUCCCAUCGCUCCUGGAAAGCUUCCCAAGCCCGGUCCGGUAAGCUCCUCGGCUAUUACAAUCUUAUCGCCGACGAACCCCGACCUCAGAGGCUUUCGUACCUAGGUGCUGUAGAAAUCCCAGCUCCCCAGAAUGCCGGACAUUCGUUCACCUCCUCCAACCCCCUCCAAAAUCCAUCCUGCCCUGGCGAACACAUCCAUUCCUCAACCCUUGGCCGGCAUUGGCGAAGCUGUCCCCCCAGCAGAUUCGGCGUCUCCUACCAGGUCGAAUGGCUUGAACACAGCUCCGAGGACUGGAGAUUCACUGCGUCGUGAACAAGCCCAGCAGACCGGGUCGCUGCAUUCCUCCAGUCAACUCUCCGACGGCCUCGACCAUGAUACCUCCGAGCCGUUGCCCUCUGCUGCUGUCACAGUAGGGGAGACUCCCGCCAGCGAUUCUGCCUUGCUGCCAAAACCACCCUCGUUCUCGUCCAUAAGCUCGCUCAGCUUCCACAACCACCAGAGGAACGCGUUGUCCGUCGAAUCCAUUCCGCAGCAGACGAUUAUGAAAGCAUUGGCCUCGGUGAGGAGGAAUCAGAACCCACACAAUUUGUCACUUGCGUCCUCGUUAACCGGUAUGAUUGCUGCACAGAAUAACGCGGAGGUCCGGCCCGACAGUGCCACCUCUCAGAACCUGUCUGCAGCCUUAUCAGAUCUUGCGGGCAGGAGCGGAACCCCUUCAACUCCUCGAUUCGCUGCUCUAGCUUCCCCAUGUUUUUACCACCAACGGUUUGACGAUGCCGUCGACAUUGAUAAAGUGCUCGAAGAGAUUAAGGAGGACGAGUAUAUGUCACAUUCACGUCUCAUGCAAACAGCAACUGGCGUGCGAGAAGUUUCAAAACAACUCCAACGUCGUCCCAUCAAAAGAGCUGUGCGCAAUGUCAUGAUUGUGACUAAGGCCAGAGAUAAUCAAUUGGUGCAUUUGACCAAGGAUCUCGCACAAUGGUUGAUGAGCACACCGCGAUACGGGUCUGAUCUCGGCGUGAACGUGUAUGUGGACGCUAAAUUGCGCAACUCGAAGCGUUUUAAUGCUGCCGAGAUGUUGGAAGCUCAACCUCGUUUCCGACAUCUUCUCAAAUACUGGACUCCUGACUUAUGUUGGAGCCAGCCAGAGAAAUUUGACCUGGUCUUGACACUGGGUGGAGAUGGCACUGUGCUAUUUACGUCUUGGUUAUUCCAACGUAUCGUUCCUCCCAUUUUGUCGUUUAGUUUGGGCAGCCUGGGAUUCUUGACCAACUUCGAGUAUGAUCGGUAUAGGGAGCAUUUGAACAAAGUCAUGGGAGACGAAGGAAUGCGUGUUAACCUUCGCAUGCGCUUCACUUGCACUGUUUAUAGAGCUGGAGCUGGUGACCAGGAGAUGGUGGAGGGAGAACAGUUCGAAGUGCUCAAUGAACUUGUCAUUGACCGCGGGCCAUCCCCAUAUGUGUCAAACCUCGAGCUGUAUGGCGACAACGAGCUCCUCACUGUCGUCCAGGCAGAUGGCUGCAUCUUCUCUACUCCCACUGGAUCGACUGCCUAUUCGCUAUCUGCUGGUGGUUCACUUGUCCACCCUGAUAUCCCAGCAAUUCUUCUCACGCCCAUCUGCCCCCAUACUCUCUCUUUCCGCCCCAUGAUUCUUUCCGAUACCCUACUUCUCCGGGUAUCUGUCCCUCGAAAUUCUCGUGCUACCGCCUACUGCUCCUUCGACGGCAAAGGACGUAUUGAGCUCAAACAGGGCGACCACGUCACAAUCGCCGCAUCCCAGUACCCCUUCCCAACGGUCGUGAGGGCUGACACGGAAUGGUUUCAGAGUGUGUCUCGAACAUUUUUGUGGAAUACUAGAGGUGCAUUGCAGAAGGGCUGGGAUGGAGCAACGGAGAAUAAGGAAGAGGAGGUUGAGUGGGAUAUCGACACCGAUUCUGCUUUCUAUGGAAGUGAAGCUAGUAGCAUAAGUGCCAGCCCUCUGAGAAAACAGAUGAAUAUGCUCGGCCUAAAUUAGAUUUUUAACUGUCAUCCUGGCCGAUAUUAUCAUGUAUCUGCCAGCUAUACGACUUUCGGGAUAGGGUUACAAGGUGUUCAUAUGGGUGGGCUUUAUACUGGGCAUGAUUAGAACAUGAAUACAAACAAUUCUUCGCCAG